ACUGGUCCUUUAAACGGUGACGUCACUCCACCAGGAAAACGGUCAACUGUUUUGUGAGAUUUGUGUAAACACUAUUGAUACAUGCUCGACUGUCCGCGUCCUCGAACCCAGCGCGCGACUGAAAGAAAGAAAGAAAGAACACCAGAUUGGACGCGAGGCUCUUUGGAAAACACUUUACAAACAAUAGUCUUGUGUUGUUCGACAUUAAGCGGCUGUAAUGUCUGCGUCGGCUGAUAUCCACGCGACGCUCGCGUCGAUCCUCGAGCGCUUCGCCAAAUGCGCGCUGCUGGAGAUGAGUCGCGCGGUGGAGCAGGAGAUGACGCGCCGGAAGAUGGAGGUCGAGACGCUGAUGCUUAAACUGCAGUUUACCGAGAGCGAACUGCGAUCAGCCCGAAAGAACCAGUCGAACCUGCGCUCAGUGGGAACACAAGUCAACACCAGCGGACAGAGAGGUGUAACCGCUCAUUCGCGGGAAGCUCAGACUGAUCAUCGCAGCCAGGAAAGGGUCGUUGUGAAGAAUCUCUCAGAGGAGAAACCUCACUUUACACAUGCGGCGGAUGUGAAUGCACAACUUUUGAAACAAGAAGAGUCUGUACCGCCGCUGAAGGAACCGGAGGAAGAGGAGCUCAGCGGACUGGAGUUUGAGAUGAAGAUCGAACAGGUGGAAGAACUUGUGGAUCAGACACUGGGUCAAGUUCAGGAAAAGCAGAAGUGUAAAGGACAAAACCACUGCCAUGACGGAAACUCUCGUUUAUGGUGUUCCGGGAAAGUGUUUGACCAUCCGGAAAAUCUUGUGGACUCGGAACAACAUUCCCAGAGUUUUACAGAUCCAUAUGGGAUGGAGGAUCCGACGACCACGUCAACUCAGUCCGGUUUAUUGGCUGUUCUGCAGAACGAGAGCUUUGGCGUUGCAGACAUUGAGUAUGACUUGAGUUUUCAGGAUUCCCACAGACACUCGCCCACAACGAGCUCAUCUGACUCGACGCCAUUCAACACACUCCCAUCCUCACAUUCAAGCUCGUGUUUGCCCAAAACACUCCCACAGAGUCUGAAUGCCGGCAAGCACACAGAACCCAAACCCUUCCGAUGUGACGAGUGCGGGAAAGGCUUCCCACAGAGGGGGCGGCUAGUAACACACAAACUAGUGCACUCGAAAGAAAAACCCUUCAGAUGUGAGGAGUGCGGGAAAGGCUUCACACAGAGGAAGCGUCUUUUAACACACAGACUAGUGCACACGGGCGAGAAACCCUUCUGCUGUCAGGUGUGCGGUAAAACCUUCUCCAGACAGGACAACUGUCUCAGACAUGUGCGCUUGCACAGCGACUGUAGUAUUAGUAGUGUUCAUUGGUCCCCGUAGGGAAAGUAGUUUAAAGCAAGCUCACACAGACUUUUAAAAUAAAUCACAGUUGGCAUAUACAAACAAUAACUUAAAACAAAUAAAUCUGAUUUAGGAUAAACAGACCAGCUGACCAUCAGUCAACACUGGAAGAAGAAUUUAUUGCUUGGGGGAUAAAAGAUAGUUUGGACCUGUUUUCAAGCAUCAGGGAACACAGAACCGACGGUCGGAUCACGGCAAUGAUUCAAAAACAUAAGAUAAGGGAUGCCUUGUAUCAUCAACAAUUAUGUUAGCUUUGUUCUGCUCUUAUAUACUUAAUUCCCAACAGUUUGCUUGUCAUUGUUACUAACUUUUCUUAGCGAUUUCUUCUUAGCCUCUGAAGCCUUACCAAACCAGCGACUCAAACAGAAUGUCAUAAUGCUUUCAAUAAAAGCCCCAUAAAACAU